AUUUGACCAGUCUGCUAUGUAGGAAAUUUGACUACUGCAAAGAAAAAAAAACCAUCAAUAACAACCUACAUGGUAUAUAAGCGUUCGAACACUUAUUCCCCGGCUUUUCGUUCUCAGCGCAAUGCAUUUCUUCCGCUGUCCAUUCACCCUCGAGGUUGCCGGGCAAGUAAGUAUACAAAAGGUGCUGAGUGGCAGAAGAAGCUGAUGUGCAUUACGCAUAAAGACGACUUUUUGCAGUGGUGUUCAUUUCCUCUUUUUGAAGAUCAUGCAUCUUCUCUCCAACCCACCAGCAUCUUUCGUUGAUGGAUGGCCUCCGUCCCAUCUACUCUAGCAGUAGUAGUGCUACACAUCAAAAACAUUCAUUGACCGUGACAGUAAUAAAU